AUGAAGGCUUUCCGCUAUUAAGUCACUCUCAAUAUCAGCAAAGUAGAGCUUUCUGUUAAAUUUCCCUGUACUUUACAAGUGAUGUGGAAACGAGGGCUCAACAAAUGUUUGACUAGAACCAAAGAAAAAACCAGAAAUAUUUUCAUUGUUAAUGAGGUACUCACACUUGAUUUCAACGUUGGUGAGAACACCUAAAAGAAGACACACUUAAUUGCUCUCCUGAAUGUUGAUGGCCAAUCCAAACUAGCUGGAGUUGUCAAUUUUAAUAUCAAUGAAACCAUGCCCAUCGAAGGACAAUGCGCACUUAAUCUAGAACGAAGUCCAGACCCAAAUGCAAAAAUACACUUUACCUAUUAAGUUGUUAAUCUUGGGGAAACUGACCUCAGUGAUAGUCGUGCCAGUGAAUCAUUUCAUCAAAAAACUCUAGCAGAAUCAUUCGGUUUCGAAAAGGAGAAUCUCAUUCAUCAUAAAAUUCUUAGUCAAAAGAAAUCUUCAACCCAAUUAAUAUCCACUUACGAAGUUCAACUAACCAAAGAGCUAUACGAAAAGAGUCUCAAAGAUCUUGAUCAAUAAAAAAUUAAAAACUCUUAACUCCAAGACCAACUCAACCAAUUACAAAAUGAAAAAUCAACAUACAAUGAUGAAGUCAAUAAAUUGAAAAAAUAAAUUAUUCAACUUAAAAAUGAAAACCAAUAUUUAGAAGAAUAAUAUGAAUCAUCAAAAUAAGAAAUUACAAAAUUCAAGGAAUCGGCACAUUAACACAAUUAACUUCAAGUCUAAACUGAAAAAUUGAAGAAUGAAAUUGAAAAUUAUAAAAUUCAAAAUUCCGUUUUAGAAAAUAAAUACUAAUAAGCAUUCAAGAAGGCUAAACAAUUAGAAGAAAAAGUGCAAUUCUCACACUUUAACAAAAUUGAAAGGUCAACAAACACUUAAUUUAGUGAAAUUCCAGAAUAUGUGUAAUAAAAUACUCAAAUUACACAAUUAGAAGAAUAAGUAAAUGAAUACAAAAGAAAAAAUGAUAAAUUAACAUACGAGUUGCAAUUUACUAACAAUAAGUUCAAGACCUUAGAAUAAGAACUAUCCUAAUUUAAAUGUUAGGUCAUUCAAUAUCAAACUUAAUUAACCUAGUUCAAAGAUUAAUGCAAUAGAUAUGAAACUGAAAAUGCUAAACUAAAGAUUUUGAUCAAACAGUUGGAAUAAGACUAAAAUAACAAGGAGAAAGUGUAAAACAGGAGUCAAAGUGAUUAUUAGAAACAAAUAGAUUCAUUAAAGGAUCAAUUAAAAUAGAAUACAGACAAGUUAGAGUAAGUCAAAGAGAAGUAUCGAUUAGCCAAGGAGAAAAUAGAAAAAUAAAAUGAUAUUAUUGAAUAAUAGAAUGAUGAACUCACGAUGCAAAACAUGACAUUUCUUAAGGAAUUGCAAUUAAUCGCAAAGAGGUAGGAAUAAUUUGGAAUUGUUUGA